AUGGUUCAGCUUCAGAAUGAAGCACAGAAACAACAAUUUAGUUCCAGUGCUUGGAUUGGAAUGUACAAUGACAUUAAUGGCUGGAAAUGGUCUCUUGGAUAUGAGCCAGUGGGAAGCAUGAGACCAUGGGGAACUUUUCAGCCUGACAACUGGCAUGGAAAAGAAUCGUGUGGUGGAAUGAGUGGGGGCACUUGGCAUGAUAGGGAAUGUACUGACCAAGUCCCCUUUGUGUGCUUUGAUGACACUAAAACUGGCAAUCAGAGGUACAUUUACAUCUCUACUGGCAAGACAUGGGCUGCAGCUCAAGUUUACUGCAGAACUUAUUAUACUGAUCUGGCCAGUGCAAGAGAUGCAUCAGAAAAUUCAAUUAUAGCAGGAUUGAUCUCUGGCAUGACUUGGUUUGGUCUGUUCAGAGAGACCUGGAAGUGGGUAGACCAUAAAAACGUCUCUACCAUCACCUGGAUGACUGGAGAACCUAAUAAUGCCCAGGGGAAUGAAGACUGUGGUUAUUUAAAUAAUGGCCUGGCUGCUGAUUCACAGUGCUCAGCCAUAAUGCCUUUCUUCUGUUACAAAGUCACUAGAAAACAACAAAUCAUAAGGCUGAAGAUUCUGUCCAGUCAGGAUGUGAAUGAUCCUGCAAUAAAGGAGGCCAUGUUGGAGCAGAUCUACCAGGCUGACAAACUUAUAGACCUGGAUCAGGACCAGGGAUGA